AUUUGCACUUCUGUUUUAUUAUUACCAAUACAUACAGUCGGUAAAGUGAUUUGUUCUAUUUGAUAAAAAGGAAACGAUAAGUUAAUAAAAUGACUGUGAAAAAUAAAACUGAUGAGCCAAAGAAGGAAAAAGCUGAGCCGGCAGUGGCUCCAAAUGAUGAUCUUUCCGAGGAAGACAAACGCCUACAGGAGGAAUUGAAUAUGCUAGUCGAUAAGCUUUUGGGCAAUGAAGUCGAUUUAUAUUUUCCAGCAUUACAAAUGCUAAGUAAUCUCAUUAGGACGUCAACAACAUCUAUGACUUCUGUACCUAAACCUCUAAAAUUCCUAAGGGAACAUUAUCCAGCAUUGAAACAAGUAUACGAAAAAAUUACAGAUGAAAAAACGAAAAAAUUCUGUGCUGAUGUUAUCUCUGUCUUAGCAAUGGGCGUAAGCGGUACUCUGGAAGUUGCAGAAAAGAGAGAGUGUUUGAAGUAUUGUCUUCUAGGAACAUUGUCAAAUGUAGGUGAUUGGGGACAUGAAUAUGUUAGGCAAUUGGAAGGUGAAAUUGCUGAAGAAUGGAAUAUAGAAAACAUGGAUUCACUGUUGCCACUUGUACGUGAUGUUAUCACAUUUGACAUGAAACACUCAGCUGAGAUCCAGGCUUGUGAUCUGUUAAUGGAAAUUGAUAGACUUGAUCUGCUGACACAACAUAUGGAUCAAAGCAACUACCCAAGAGUCUGCCUUUAUCUUAUUGGAUGUGCAAGUUAUGUUGUUGAACCUGAGUCAACACAAAUACUACAAGGUGUCUUAGAUACAUACCUUCGUUUUGGAGAGUACCCAAGAGCAAUGCUUGUAGCUAUGCAACUUCAUGAGAAAGCUAAAUGUGAAGAAGUGUUCAACGCCUGUAAUGAUCCUUUAAUAAAAAAGCAACUGUGCUACUUACUUGCACGUCAAUACAUACCAUUAGAAGUGGAUGAUGAAGAUCUGCGCACAAUUCUACUGAACGCUCAUAUCAAUGAUCAUUUUCUAAGUCUGGCAAGGGAGCUUGAUAUUAUGGAACCGAAAACUCCAGAAGAAGUUUAUAAAACAUGGUUAGAGUCGGCCGGAUCAGCUCUUCGUCCAUCUUUACUGACUGAACAUCCUGUAGACUCUGCUAGACAGAACCUGUCAGCUACAUUUGUGAACGCCUUUGUGAAUGCCGGGUUUGGCCGCGACAAACUUGUCACAACCGAUGACGGGAACAAAUGGAUGUACAAAAAUAAGGAUCAUGGUAUGCUCUCAGCGGCCGCGUCCCUUGGUAUGAUUCACUUGUGGGAUGUAGACGGUGGUCUAACGCCUAUCGACAAAUACCUGUAUACCGCCGACGAGCACAUCAAGGCUGGUGCCCUACUGGCUUUAGGUCUCGUGAACUGCGGUGUCAGGAACGAGUGUGAUCCAGCCUUAGCUCUGCUCUCCGAUUAUGUUCUGCAUUCCAGUUCCAAUCUCAGGAUCGGAAGUGUUUUGGGUCUAGGUAUUGCAUAUGCGGGCACACAACGAGAAGAUGUGCUGUCCCACUUGCUUCCCGUGCUCAACGACACGACCGCUCCGGCCGAGAUCUGCGCACUCGCCGCCAUCUCCUGCGGGCUCAUCGCCGUUGGAUCGUGCAAUGGCGAUGUAUCUUGUGCAAUCAUUCAGCGAUUGAUUGACGAUAACAAGGAUUUGCAUUCGUCUACUUACGCCAGGUUCCUGCAUUUGGGACUCGGGCUGUGUUUCUUAGGCUGCAAGGAGCGCACGGAGGCGACGAUGGCCGCGUUGGAAGUACUUCCGGAGCCGCAGCAGUCGCUCUGCCAGACCACGCUGUCCAUGUGCGCGUACGCCGGCACCGGGGACGUGCUCGUGGUGCAACAGAUGCUGCACAUCUGCUCCAAGCACUACGAAACCGAUAAUGAACAAUCGUCAACUGAAGACACAGCUUUUAAGAAACAAGACAAGAAGGACGCAAAAGAAACUACAGCAACUCCGAGCAGUUCAAAGGACGACAAAUCCAAAGGUAAAUCAUCAAAAGACAGCAAAAACAAGGAAAAGGAUAAGGAAAAGGAAGCCAACAAGGAGCUGUCCUCGGUGCAAGCCGUGGCGACCCUUGGCGUCGCGGUCAUCGCAUUGGCCGAGGAAACGGGCGCCGAAAUGUGCACCCGCAUCUUCGGACAACUGGGUAGGUACGGGGAGCCGGCAGUGCGGCGCGCCGUGCCGCUCGCCAUCGCCCUGUGCUCCGUGUCCAACCCGCAGCUCUCCGUCAUCGACGUGCUCAAUAAAUACUCCCACGAUUCUGAUAACGACGUCGCUUACAACGCCAUAUUCGCCAUGGGACUCGUGGGCGCCGGCACUAACAACGCAAGACUGGCGACGAUGCUGCGUGCGCUGGCGCUGUACCACGGCAAGUCCCCGGUGCACCUGUUCAUGGUGCGGCUGGCGCAGGGGCUGUGUCACGCCGGCAAGGGCACGGUGACCCUGUGUCCCGCGCACGCGGACCGGCGCCUGCUCAACCAGCCCGCGCUCGCCGGCCUGCUCGUCGUGCUCACCGCCUUCCUCGACUGCAAGACCAUAAUCCUCGGCAAAUCCCACUACUUGCUGUACGUAUUGGCGACUGCGAUGCAACCCCGCUGGCUGGUCACCCUCGACGAAAAUCUUCAGCCCUUGAACGUCAGCGUGCGUGUGGGACAGGCUGUGGAUGUUAUCGGAAAAGCCGGUACACCGAAGACAAUAGCCGGUUCCCACACUCACACGACGCCGGUGCUGCUGUCCUUCGGCGAGCGAGCAGAACUGGCGACUGACGAGUACAUACCACUCUCGCCGAUAAUGGAGGGAUUCGUGAUUCUCAAGAAAAACGAGGAUAGCGUCAUGGCCUCUGUUCAAUAAAAAUGUACCUUAGUUGUAAUUUACUUAUUUCUCUGUAUUACGCAAUAAA